AAUGACUCAAACCAACGGAAACGGCAAAGUUUUAAUAGAGAAUUGGGUGGAAGAGAGAGCGUGCGAGACGUACGAUAAAGACGCCCACGGGCCAGAGGUGAACAGAUCAGGGCAUGUGGGGAUAAUAUCGACUAAAGAACCAGAAACCAUGGAAUCCCUGAGUACAACUGUUCGAGAGACGUUCAGACCUCCUUCCAGGCCUGAUAUUAGACAGAAAGGAUCAAGGCUGUCACUAAGGGAAACUGCAGUUUAUGACCAGAUCUCUCAAGCAGUUGAAGAGGAAAGCAAACCACCGAAGAUAGUACCUGAUUACCAGAGUACAAUGCAAAAAGAUUUCCACAGAGAAUUUGACUCUGACUGGCCUGAACCUCUGUCCCAUCACAACGUUUUAAAAGAGCUGCCCGUUUCCUACUGGACCGACGGAGUCGCUAAAGGUGUUGAGGGAGUAACGCAGAUACGAUGUGAAGGAUCGCCCUUCAAGAAGAACACAGCAUUCAGCACGCCUACUGAAUUCUACAUGGAUCAGCCUAAACCUUACGAGGAUACCCAAUUAGUCAAACAGCAUGUUUCCAAGUACUGUUAACUAAACUCAUGGCUUUAGAAUUAAAGCAGAAUAUAACUUUGGUUCAAAAUAAAGGAUCGCACCGAAACCAGAUAAAAUUCGUGUUACAGAUUAGCUUGAACUGGAUUUUUGCUAUUCAUUCGAGACGAUUUUAUUACCCACGAUUAAACAUGACUUUAAUUAUUUCUUUUGACUUAUAUAACAGUUUCUUCUCAUCAUGACUUGGGGAUUCCAAUAUAAGAUGACGCAUUUAAUUUCUGACCUCCGAUUUGACCUUUCCUGUUGUAACCAUGAUUUGACCAUUCAUAUAACCAUGAUAACAGUAUUGUAUAGAUAUUCAUGUAUUAUUGUAAACUGAACAUCAUAUUGAUUUGUAUUUUGAUAAUUUUCCCUUUCAA